AUGUUGGCAAGCCGGGGAAGUCGUGAAACAACAACUCAGCGCUAUGCUGCGGUUGCGCCCCAUCGUCUCAUGGAGGCUGACGAUGAGGGGGCAGUGCGACGACGUAAGGAGACGUAA